AGUUCAGAGAACCGUUCCUGUUCCGCUACCAGAGAUGUUUUUUGGAAACAAUUCUCUUCAUGUCUCCAACGAUCAUAACUUUGUUUUCGAGUUUAAUCCAACAACGGAUGCCUUAAAGUGCGUAGACUCAACCAAAAAGGGUCAACUAGCGUAUUCGGAAGAAUGGAAGAAUAUGAAGUAA